AUGGAGAAGCAGCGUAAUAACGCCAUUCCAGAGGAGGAAGACGAAGACGAGGAUCUUGACGAAGGCGAUGAGUAUACGCGUCUCCUCAAGUAUAUCGAUGUAGAGGCGAAGAAACAAAAACACAAAGGUGAUGAUGGCGACGGAGAUGACGAAGAGGUCGAGAAGAGGAGGCUCUGGUAUGCUCCUUGGAAGAAGGUGCCCGUCGAAAAGGAUGGACAGAAGAAGGUCCCCCCUUCGUGGCUUGAGACGGACAUGACAAAGGGGCUCGCGGAGGAGGACAUUACCUCUCGGAGAAGCAAAUUUGGAUACAACGAGCUGGAAAGUCCGAGGGAGAACCCAAUACUCAAGGCAUGUCGUUUUAUUGGAAUGAACGUCGUGUCCUACUUCAGAGGGCCAAUAUUAUACACUAUGGAGCUCGCAGUACUCCUAGCUGCUGGCUUGCGUGACUGGAUCGACUUCGGUGUUAUCAUCGGCAUCUUAGCACUGAACGCUUUCGUCGGAUGGUAUCAAGAAAAGCAGGCAGGCGACAUCGUCGAGCAGCUCAAGGCAGGCAUUGCUAUGAAGGCCGUGGUCGUUCGCGGUGGAAAAGAACAGGAGAUCGAAGCGCGCGAACUUGUUCCAGGCGACAUUGUCGUCGUGGAGGAGGGAAGCACUAUCCCCGCUGAUGGGCACAUCGUUGCCGCUUACGAGGAUAAAGACCGUUCACAGGCCAAAUCCAUCCUUGACAAGCGCGGUCAAAGCGAAAGGGAGGAAGGGGACGAGAACAAGGUCGAUAAGGGGCCCUCUAUCCUCUCUUGUGAUCAGUCCGCCAUCACCGGCGAGAGUCUGGCAGUAGACAAGUAUAUCGGCGAUACCCUCUAUUACACCACGGGUGCCAAGCGUGGCAAGGCUUACAUGGUGGUAAGCAACAUCGCAAAGGAGACAUUCGUGGGAAAUACGGCACGGCUCGUCAAUCUCGGGUCUGGAGAAGGUCACUUCCAGAGGGUGAUGACCAGCAUCGGAACCACGCUCCUUGUCCUGUACCUUAUUUAUUUUAAUUUUCUAGGUGGAUUCUUCCGUGGAGUCAAUAUCGCCACACCCUCCGAUAACAAUCUUCUCGUCUACACCCUGAUUUUCCUCAUCAUCGGAGUGCCCGUCGGUCUUCCAUGCGUCACCACCACGACUAUGGCCGUCGGUGCGGCUUUCCUCGCUCGCAAGAAGGCUAUCGUUCAGAAGCUCACGGCUAUCGAGAGUUUGGCUGGAGUGGAUGUGCUCUGUACAGAUAAGACUGGGACACUUACAGCGAACCAGCUUAGUGUGCAUGAACCUUGGGCCGCUGAGGGUGUCGAUCUGAACUGGAUGUUAACGGUUGCUGUGCUCGCGUCCUCGCAUAACAUCAAGGCGCUUGACCCUAUCGACAAGGUUACUGUUACGACUCUGAAGGACUAUCCCAAGGCAAGAGAAAUGCUCACGGCAAGCUCACCUUUGGCCUUUAUACAGGGCGGAUGGACGACACACAAGUUCACUCCCUUCGACCCGGUCUCGAAGCGCAUUACGGCUGAGGUCGAGAGAGAUGGAAGGAGAUAUACUUGUGCAAAGGGUGCCCCAAACGCAAUUCUGAGGUUGACGAAGGCGUCAAAGGAACUUCAAGAUUUGUACAAGGAGAAGACGCAGGAAUUCGCACACCGUGGAUUUAGGACUCUUGGUGUCGCGUGUCAAGAGAAUGGAGGCGAAUGGAAGAUUCUUGGGUUGCUGCCCAUGUUCGAUCCACCCCGUUCGGAUACCGCACAGACCAUUGCCGAAGCCGGAGAACUCGGUGUGAAGGUCAAGAUGUUGACGGGUGACGCCGUCGCCAUCGCCAUCGAGACCUGUAAACAGCUUGCUCUCGGGACGCAUGUGUACGACUCUGAAAGGUUGAUCACGGGAGGAAUGGCUGGUUCUGAGGUCCACGACUUUAUUGAGAGCGCAGAUGGCUUCGCAGAAGUCGCCCCUGAACAUAAAUAUCAAGUGGUGGAGAUGCUGCAGAACCGUGGCCAUCUUACUGCCAUGACUGGUGACGGUGUAAACGAUGCACCAUCUCUGAAGCGUGCGGACUGUGGUAUCGCCGUCGAAGGUGCUUCGGAUGCUGCUCGCAGUGCAGCUGACGUUGUCUUCUUGGAUGAGGGUCUUUCGACUAUCAUAACUUCUAUCAAGGUUGCUCGCCAGAUUUUCCACCGCAUGAAGGCCUACAUCGUCUACCGUAUCGCACUCUGUCUACAUCUCGAGAUAUACCUGACCAUCUCCAUGAUUGUACUCAACGAAACCAUCCGUGCCGACCUCAUCGUCUUCAUCGCCUUGUUCGCAGACUUAGGCACCAUUGCCAUUGCAUACGACAAUGCGCCGCAUGCGAAGGCACCGGUAGAGUGGCAGCUGCCGAAGAUCUGGAUUAUGAGCACGAUCCUUGGAGCGUUGCUUGCUGCCGGAACCUGGAUUUUGAGGGGCACCUUGUUCUUGAGUCCGGAUGGGAACAAAGGAGGUCUCAUCGCCAACUGGGGAUCAGUGCAAGAGAUCCUCUUCUUGGAGGUAGCUCUGACCGAGAACUGGUUGAUCUUCGUUACUCGUGGUUCCGGUACCUGGCCCUCUUGGCAGCUCGUGGGCGCCAUCUUCGGCAUCGACAUCCUCGCAAGCAUAUUCGCCAUCUUUGGUUGGAUAUCCGGAGAUCAGCCACACAAUGGACACACCGACAUCGUGACGAUCGUCAGGGUGUGGGCGUACUCGUUCGGAGUCACGAUCAUCCUCGCGCUUGUGUACUUUAUCCUCGACAAGAUCCCCUGGCUCGACCGUCUCGGAAAAUCGACACGCGGCACACGCAACAAGACCAAGGAAGACUUCCUCACCAACCUAAGAAGAUUAACCCUCGUACACCAACGCACGUCCGGCGGAGACGAUUUCUUCCGCUUCGAACCAGGGUGCGUACCCCUUUACCUUCCCAUCGUCCUCUCAGCCUUGUGCUAA